CGAAAAACAAUCAGAAGAGAAAAUCCAACGAAUCCAAAAACCUGAGAGAAUCGAUGACUCUGCAAGCUGCAACAAUGGAAGAGGUAUAUCCCAUUCCGUUUCGUUCUUGUCUUUCAGCGUUUCUUUCUGGUCACUUUCUUGGAUGGAUCUGGGUCGUAGGGUUGGAGAAAAAGGAGGAACCAUCAACACCAACUAAUGCCUUACUUGAUCUGCAAGAUCUCUAUCUCUCUUCCCCCGACUCUCCUAAGGAAUCAACCCCACUGGCCACAUGGGAAGCAUUGGAGAUUGACCUGGCUUCAUUUAAAAAAAAAUUCGAAGCAGGGGUGGCUGCAUCUAAAAAGGACAAGGAAGCACUGGAAAUUGAGCUGGCCAAAUCUAAAAAAGAAACAGCUUUUAAGGAUGGACAAUUGGAAUAUAUGAUGGAUCUGUAUAUGAAGCAGUCUGUGGGAGAGAAACAAUAUUCAACCAUUGGAGAGGAGACUGACUCUGUUUCAGAGGAGAUUGACUUGCUGGAAUUUCUGGGUGUCUCAAAUGAUGUAGAGCUGGGUGUCUUGGAUGAUGGAGAGCUGGCUGACUCGCUUACUGACUCAGAUGAGUAGCCUGUAGAUAGGCUUAUGAAAAUACUAUUGGCAGAAUUAUUGUCUAUUGAUGUUAGAUGGAUAAAAACUACUAGCAUCACCCAGUAGGAGAUUUAGGCUGAUUCAUGAAUCACACAUCCUAGAGAUAAAACAAAUGCUUGCUGGAAAAAUUUUGCAAGUUGGUUCGUGAUCAUGUCCCAAAACAAAGGUUUACAAGCCUACUUAUGAAGCUCUACUAGUACUACCCUGACUACUAAAUGUAAUUCAUGACUCCCUGCACAUAACCCUUUCUUUGAAACAACAUUAUGAAACAUUGUUUGGCUUGCUACUACCAGUGCCAGUCCAUGCUGCUUUUGAUUGAGACCCUUCACUGGCGUGUUUAGAAUUACAGAUAAUUGACUGUGAUGUCCUAGCACACACACACUGAAGGCAUGGAAUGCCCAGAAUGGUGGAGUAGCCGCUAUUCUUGUUGCAGAUGGCAGAAAUGAAUCGUUGAUUACCAUACCAUAGACACUCCUGAAGUAGAAAAUGCGGAAGAAAGAGGUGGCUGGCUGGCAGGCAGCCUACCCCCAA